CCAUGACAUAUCUACCAUGCACGCGGCCUUGGGAAACCUCGAAGUAAUCUACACGAUCUGUUCACACACCAAACUUGGGUCACUUCCUGCACUCGCAUCCACAUGCCGCGCGUUUGAACGUCCGGCACUUAAUAUUCUUUGGAGGGAUUUGCAGUCCCCAGAGCCUCUUAUCAAAUGUUUACCAAGUGACCUGUUUAGCACUGAUCGAGGACGUAUGGUAUCACAAAAACCUCCUGACAGCAUGAUGUGGGAUACUCUUUGCAAAUACACAUCCCGCGUACAGUCAAUCACUGCAACACAAUCGUGCCGCUUGGCGGCCAUCAUCGAGCCUCUCAGUUUUUUAAUGCUGUCCUGUCCUUCGGCACCUGCAUCUUUGUUUCCGAACCUCCGCAAAUUAAUAUGGUUUGCCGAUGGAACCCACAGCGCUGCAGAGUUUUUGCGCAUGGCUUUGGUACCCUCUUUAUUGGUCUUGGACGUGCGAAUUUCUUCAGUCUCUUCCGCCUUUCUCUCGGUUCUUUCGUCUGUUGGGGCAUUGUGCCCUCAUCUCCAGGACAUGGCUCUCAGAAUUCAGCCUGUAACCGGCGAGUCAUUUCGUAAAAUCUCACCCUUCGUCACACAACCUAUUUCUCGGCUCCACCAUCUUCACUCGUUAUUGGUAUGGGAUUUAGGAAAUCAGGGCAUCGAGCACGUCAUGCAGCUACGAGCUCUGCGGUCACUAUACUUGGACUUAAGGACAUAUUCGGCUUGGGAGAGAAAGUCGCGUUUAGAAUUUCCCGGCUUUCAUGAUUUAAAAAUUUUGGGCCUUUCUACCGAUACGUUCAAGCGCGCCUCGAACUUCUUGAGCUCACUUCGGGUCAUGGAAAGUAAAGAGAUCAAAGUUGACUUCAAUCAAGUUGCUCAUCCCUCCACAAGUGGAUCUACGACGCUAUCCCAGUUCUUCACCAUCCUGCAAGAGAGAUGCGACACCGACAAACUUGAAGGUUUCACUCUUUUUGGAAUUUCUGGAAAGGUGCGCGCAGAACCAGGUGUCUUUAUGCCAUUGCAGGCAUGCCGCAAUCUAACUCGGCUGUCCGUCGAGAGGGGCUGUAACAUUUCCAUAUCUGACGAGGAACUCUGCCAGCUGGUGAGAGAUUGGCCAAAGCUCGAGGUCCUCAAAAUCAGCUGCUAUAAUCCCGUCGAUAACACCACAAUGCCCACAUUACAUGGGUUAAUCGAAUUACUUCAGCUCUGCCCCAUUCUGACUUCGCUCGCUCUUGUCAUUGAUGCUACCAAGUUGGACGGGAUAGACCUCAAAAGUCCUGGCGGUGGAAGCUGCAACAAGCAUCUCAAGCACCUCGUCCUCGGAAAUUCACCGGUCGGGACCCCACUAAAGGUGGCUCUCAUCCUUAGCGGAAUCUUUCCCAACUUGGAGCAGGUCAAUCUUGAUUGUCCGGAUACAGAGCAGAUAAAGAGGUCAACUAUGGAACGGCGGGCGUUACCCAACAGUUUCCUUGAUGGCUUUAGCAUUGUAAGGGAGCGGUGCACUGAAGCAUGAUGUUGUUGUCUGACCGUAACAUUCCGGGUUAUAUUUGAAUGAUUACCUGCACUUUUAAUUAUGCCGACUGUUUACUUGUGUCGUUUUCAAGACACAUCGUAUGAGUAGUCCUCGUUCUGAGUUGGGUGCGUCGACGGCGAAGAGCUAACUUGAAUAUGCCG